UUAGAUCCACUUUUUAUGGAAGAAAAAGUAAGUACAAGUAGACUCUUUAAACCACUUUCUAAGACGAUACUUAACAAAAUUACACACCCUAACUAGAUAAAGUGCCAAAAGCUCUCUAAAACCGCCAACCAAAAUUCUCUACAACUCAACAAAUUUUUCUUACUCAAAAAAUUUAAAAAUGAAGAUUUUUCUAUAUUUAGUUCUUCCUUUUUUCUUAACUCUGUUCCUACUUAAAAGCUCAAGCUUUGCUACUGCUACUGCUACUGCUAGUAUUAAUUACACUAAUAUUGGCACAAAUUACGGGAUUAGCUUCCUUAAUCGUACCCAUUUUCCUCUUGGUUUUCUUUUUGGUUCAGCUUCUUCUGCUUACCAGUUUGAAGGAGGAGCUGAGGAAGAUGGAAAAGGUCCAAGUACAUGGGAUACAUUCACCCACAAAUUUCCUGAUAAAAUAGCGGACGGAAAAAAUGGGGAUGAGGCAGUUGAUUCAUACCAUCGUUAUAAGGAAGAUGUGAAGAUCAUGAACGAAAUGGGACUAAGUGCUUACCGGUUCUCAAUUUCAUGGCCCAGAGUAUUGCCUUAUGGAAAAGUGAGCAAGGGCGUGAACCAGAAAGGAAUAGCCUAUUACCAUAACCUUAUCAAUGAACUCUUGGCAAAUGGCAUACAACCAUUCAUCACUCUUUUCCAUUGGGAUCUUCCUCAGUCAUUGCAAGAUGAAUAUGGUGGCUUUCUUAGCCCUCACAUAGUGGAUGAUUUUCGUGACUAUGCAGACCUUUGUUAUAGAGAAUUUGGUAACAAGGUGAAGCAUUGGAUUACACUUAAUGAGCCAUGGACCUAUAGUACAGGCAUUUACACAACUGGAGUCUUUUCAUCCAAGCAGUGCUCUAAAUCAAACCCCCAGAAUUGCAAAGUCAAUGUGGCCACUGACCCUUAUGAAAUCGCGCAUUACCAGCUUCUUGCUCAUGGUGCAGCAGUUCAAAUAUAUAAACAGAAAUAUCAGGCAUCUCAGAAAGGUGUAAUUGGCAUUGCUAUAAAUUCAAAUUGGUUCAUUCCAUAUUCUCAAGCAAAGCAAGACCGAAGUUCUGCACUUAGAGCUGUUGACUUUAUGUUUGGAUGGUAUAUGGACCCAAUAACACAUGGUGACUACCCACACACAAUGCGCUUUCUUGUGGGCAGUCGCUUGCCUAAAUUUUCAAGAGAGCAGUCUCGCAUGUUAAAGGGUUCAUUUGAUUUCGUUGGCUUGAAUUAUUACACUAGCAGCUACGCGGCAUUUGCUCCUAGUUUUAGGAAUACAGAGCCCAGUUAUAGUACUGAUUCUCUUGUUAAUAUGACAUUUGAGCGUAAUGGAAUACCAAUUGGUCCAAAGGCUGCUUCAGAUUGGCUUUAUAUUUAUCCAAGAGGGAUUUUUGAUCUUCUACUCUAUAUCAAGCGAAGAUAUAAAAAUCCAAUCAUUUACAUCACAGAAAAUGGCUGUGAUGAGUCAAAUGAUCCUAGAUUGUCUCUUGAGGAAGCUUUAACUGACAGCAUGAGGAUACAUUACUACCAUGGUCAUCUAGCCUUUUUAAAACUUGCCAUGAGGAAUGCAGUUAAAGUGAGAGGAUAUUUUGCUUGGUCAUUGUUGGACAACUUCGAGUGGGGCUCUGGAUAUACUGUUCGUUUUGGCAUAAACUAUGUUGACUACAAAGAUGGACUAAGACGAUACCCCAAGCAUUCUGCUAAAUGGUUCAAGAAUUUCCUUCAUAGAUAAAACAUUUCCUGUACCUCUUAUAGUACUUUUCCUCUUUAGUUUCAUUUCUCUCCCUUUGUCCUUAGGCUACAGAGCUUGUUCAAAUGCUGUUCUUUGCAAGGACUUGGUUGAAAUGAAUUACCAAUUCUGAUUAUAAUGAAUUUUUCCUCAAUGAUACAAUACUGAUC